AUGGUUUGUGCAGCGCCUGCUCUUUCCAUUUCCAUACUCUUACUCCAACUUCUCAUCGUAGCAGAAGCGGGCGUGCCAACCCACGGGGCAGGCCCCGUCGUGCCGGCCGUGAUAAUCUUGGGAGAUUCUAUCAUGGACCCCGGUAAUAACAACCAAAUCCCAACCACCGUCAGAAGCAACUUUCCCCCGUACGGCGUGGACUUCCCCACGCACAAGGCCACCGGCAGGUUCUCCAACGGCAAGAUCGCCUCGGACUUCCUAGCUUCUGAACUUGGGGUGAAGGAAACUUUGCCAGCUUAUCUUGGCACCAAGCUAAGUGCUCAAGAUCUUCUCACCGGCGUAAGCUUUGCUUCGGCCGGGACCGGUUUCGACCCCGCGACAGCUACCCUCGCAUCGGUCAUACCAAUGAGGAAGCAACUAGAAAUGUUCGCAGAGUACGAAGAGCGACUGCGAACACUGGUAGGCGAGGAGAAGGCGGCGAGCAUUAUCGCGGAGAGCCAAUUCGUCGUGUGUGCGGGAAGCAACGACGUCGUUCAGUUCCUCGCCAACCCCUUAAACAACCGAACAUCUAAGGGCAUCGCGAAUUACAGCAAAUUCUUGAUGCAAAGCAAUUCACGAAUCGUCCAGGACUUGGUCGGACUCGGCGCACGGGCGGUAGGUGUUGUAGGAUUGCCUCCGGUUGGAUGCAUGCCAGCACAACGAACCUUGGUCGGAGGAAUUCAUAGGAAGUGCGCUCACCAAAGCAAUGAACUUGCACAGAAGUACAACAGAGAGCUUAGAAAAGAAGCGAAUCGGCUGACGGCGAAACUGCAAGGAACAAAGAUAAUAUACCUUGACAUCUACUCCGUCUUGCUUGAUCUGAUUGAACAUCCAAAAGCGCAAGGAUUUGAGGAGUCCAAAAAGGGUUGCUGCGGAACAGGAGUAUUGGAGGCUGGAGUGCUUUGUAAUAGUCUGAGUCCUCCUUGCUCCAACCCUUCACAGUAUGUAUUCUGGGAUAGCUAUCACCCAACAGAGAGAGCUAACAAAGUCAUGGUGGAUAAGGUUGUUAAAGAUUAUCUGCACUUCUUACAGUGAAAAGUGGGACAAGAUUCAUUUUCUCUACCAUUAAUUCUUCUCGAAUAAUUUACAAAUUAAUUAGGAUUUAUCAUAGUAGCAAUCUGUAUGGAGGCUAGUUUCACAAAUUAACUAUUAAUCUGCAUUUGAGAUGUAAUUUUGACAAUUAUCA